AGCCCCGCGGUCACAAGGACGUAACCCCCUCCUCGUCGCCGUCCGCCGGAGCGCCGCCACAUCCCUCCCGGUCUCCCGGAGGCCACGUUCUAGCCGCGAAUGCAUCUCUCCUCCGGACCGGCGGCGGCGGAGUUCCCCCUCACGCGUGGGGCCACGUGGUGGUGGAGGGCCCACCCGUCGGUUUCCCAUGCCUGCCCCCGCCGCCGCUCGCCGGAGCGCCGCCGAUUCACAUCCACCCUCCGCGUACCGCUCCUCCCUCCUAGAGGUCACGCCGUUCGCGUGCAAAAUCGCCCAUGUAUUGUAUUACCUUACCACUCAACGCUGAUUCGAAGCUGUUAACAUGAGCGGUGGAUGAUAUCUUGAUCAACAGAUCAAGGCUUCAGCUUUUUAGUUUUAUCUUGUUUCUGACCUGCACGCAUCAGUCAUCCAGACUACAGAUCCAACGGUCUUUCUUUUGUUUCUAUGUUAGCUCCUUAGUCAUAGACUCUGAGGAUGGAAAAAUUUUAGAAGAUUUGGUCAUCAUGAACAAAAGCUGAGAUCUUUUGGUGCAGUAUACUCGCCUCCGGUUCUGAAAGAGCCUCUGCUUCUCAGAUUUUCCUGAAAGAUAUCUGAACAAUGAAGCCACCUUUGGAGAGGAACCCUACCAAGAAGCGCCAUUCGUGGUGGUGGGACAGUCACAUUAGCCCUAAGAACUCAAAAUGGCUUGCAGAAAAUCUUGAAGAGAUGGACAAGCAAGUGAAGGAAAUGCUGCAGCUGAUUGAGGAGGACGGUGAUUCCUUCGCGAAGAAAGCACAGAUGUACUACCAGAGGCGUCCAAUGCUCAUCACCCACGUCGAAAAUUUCUACCGGAUGUACCGUGCUCUAGCUGAGCGUUAUGACAAUGUCACUGGUGAAUUGCGCAAGAACAUCACUACAAGGCUGCAGUAUCAGGGAUCUUUGACAGGUUCAGACUACGGUUCUGAGCUGCAAAGGUCACCCUCACCAUCUCCUGAACCACAGAAAUCCUGGACAAGAGAGCAGAGCCCUAGAGCUGCCGGUUUCGAUGUCUUCCUGUCCAACAAGAGCAAUGGCUCACCGGCCUCAAGGAAGGAGCAUGAGGAUUUGGCUUCACAGUCAGAAUCUGAUGCAAAGUCUGAAGAUGGUGAGGAUGAUGGCAUUGCCUACACAUUGCACCAGAGAGUUCUUGAGCUUGAGGAUGAGCUCAAUGCCGCAAAACAGAAACUGCAUAAUGCUAAUGAAAAACUUGAGAUUUUGGAAGAGAGGAACUUGAGGUGCCAUUGUGAUUCUAAACAAAAUGGAAACAGUGCUGACCAAAGUGCAACAAAGGAUAAGCUACAGUCUUCACAACAAGAGAUUGACAAUCUCAAAAACAGUCUUGAAGUUUUGUCAGAAGAGCACUCUAGGCUGUUGGGACAAAACAAGAAACUGGAGGCUGAAAUUGUCAAUCUAAAGGAAGAAAUUGCUUCAGAUAGACAGCAAUUUGAGGAGAAACUAUCUCAUAGUGAUGCUGAAAUUGACAAGUGCAGGCAAGAACUUGCUGAUGCUUCUGAGAAGCUUCUGCAAGAGAAGUCAUCCAACAGUUCAGUGACAGCUGAGUUGCAGGGUACAAUUGAAAGCAUCAGGCUCAAACUUGAAAAAGUUUGUGAGGAGAAAUUACUCGUGGAGAACAAGUUUAAGCAGCUGGAGGAAGCAAACUCUGAAGCUGAAAAGUACAAUCAAGAACUAUCUCAUGCUACAGAGAGGCUUUCAGAAGAGAAGUUCAAACACGAGGCUGAGAUUCUUGCAUUGAAUCAGGCCAUUGAACAUCUGAAAUCCAAACUGGAGAGCAUUGCUCAAGAGAAAUCGCUGCUUAAAUCAUGGUUUACCGACCUAGAGCAAGUUGUGGAGCAAGGAAGGAGAAUUUUCCCAGAGUAGCCGAAUGCCGUCAGAAAAAAAAAUUCAGUAGCUAGCAUUUAGCAAAUUAGCUUUCUUUUUUCCUUCUAAUACACCAUGGAUACAAACUUGAGAAGUCCUACGACUCCAACCAUGCAUCAUCAGUGUACUUCUCUUCUUUGAUUCUUCCCUUGCUGAGGCAGUGCAUGCUGCAUGGUGGUGAGUGGUGACGUGCUGAUGGGCUGUGAGACAUUUGUGCUGAACGUAUUCCCCUUGGCAAUAAAAUGGUUUUAAAUCAUACUUCUGAGAUAAAAGUAUUAUACUGAGUAAUGUAGAAAGUAAGGGGCAUGGUUGUGUGAGUUUUGGUUUG